AUGCAAGCCAACCUGUUCAAACUCCUCGCCAUCGCUGCCGCGUUUUCGGCGGUACACUCUGCCCCGGUAGAGACUGCCGAGGUCACCAAGGCACAGGUCAACGGAACGCAGGUCAACGAAACUCAGACCAAUGACAGUUACAGGGUUGCUGGACUCCAUCUUCUCAGGUCGAGCAAACCUGCUAUAAGAGGGACCUUCCUCAUAUCAGCAAAAGAGGGAAGGAGGGAGAUAUUUUCAAGCGGGCUUGCAGGGAUUUUACCUGCUGGCACGACGAUCAGUGCAAAUCUUGGGGAUGUACUGAGUGCGUUCUGUACUUUGACAUCUGCGGCGACUCAUGGACGGCCUGCCGUUAGCGUAUGGUCGAAGGAUUCGUCGCCAUGGAGGAGAAGCAUGGACAUGGGCAUGGCAUAA